GCUGAGGGAAUUGUCCAAAGAAGCUGACAGGUUGCAAGUGGCGGCAGUUGAGCUGGCGGAAAACAUCUCUGAGCUUUGCAAUCCUGGGUCAUUUGGUGAUUGGGUCCUGGUUGACGACGCAUUUGAUCCGCUCUCUCCGGAGGAUUUUGCGGCGGUCAGAGCUUUGUUGGUUCACCACGGCCUCGAGGACGGGUUUCCUCCUAUUCCCGAAGAGCUUGUUAGGAUUGCUGCACGCGCUCUUUCAGGCAGUCCCCAGGAAGUGGUUCAGAAGGCUCAAUCGGCCUUUAGAGCAGGUUUCCUAGCUCACAUUGCCCUGGCUACGUCGACUCCUUUCCUCAAAAACGAACAGGAGAGUGAAGCUGGGCAUUGCCAUUGGGUUGUUUUCUACAGGCACACCCCGUCCAUCAACAGAAGGGUGACGAGUUUGGCCUGCAAGGACGUGGCUAUUACGGUCGAGGAUUGUGUUUGGCAGGGAUUUGAUUCCUUGACGGAGCUCUCCAUUUUCUGUGCAGGGGCAUCCGUGAGAGUGCCGCGGCUGGAGAAAUGGAUAAGCAUCCAAGCUUUUGCAUUGCCAUUACUUUCAAGGGCCUCAUCCGAUGUUUUGUUGGAUGCUAUGUUGAAGGAGGAGCCGGACAUCAUUGGCCCCUCAAAGGAAUUCACAGCACAGCUUAUGGUGGAGGAGGAGAUAGGCAGUGGCGUUGUUGAUCUCCCCUCCACUGCCAAUUUUGUGGUCGUUGACCUUGUCGAUUCUGUUUUGAUGGAGAUGCGUGAAUAUGACAUUGUUACAGACUCCACUGAGCCUAUUGUGCCGUUUGCUGACAGCGAGCCCAAUGCUCUGCCUAAGAUCAUUCCGCUUCUCCCAAUGAUUCAGGACUGGAUCGAAUCGGUUGCAAGUGAGCGGUUGGCUUUUUAUUCAGCUCGAGAGGAGCAGGAUGGCCCCACACUCCCUGCAACGAAAAAGGCUGCUGCAAAGAAAGCAGCCCGGACCACAAUCGCCACUUUGGCUACUCAAAUGGCAACCAUGCAACAGCAGCUUCAGGCAGUUUUGGCUCAGCAAGACGUUUUGGCAAAGGGAGGUGGAGGUGUGGAUGGUUUUGCAAGUCAUGCUCCCGCUCUCUCAAAUGGACCUAUGGUCGCAACCAUUCCAGCUUUGUCUUCUGGUCUUGGCCUUGGUACUGUACCCAAAGUAGCAGCCAUGGCGAUUGGCCCCCCUCCUCGAACCAAGGAGGUGCAACUGGGAAGUGUAGCAGAUGCAGGACAGCCCGUGGCUCCUAUUCAGCGUUCUUGUGCUGUUGGCGGAGAAGGGCAGAUGUUCAGUGCCCUUUCUCAGCAAAGUGCCGCCCUGACACAGCUGGUGGCUCACCUGGCAGGAGGCGAUCCUAUGUCGGACUUGGCCGGACAUUCAGCAACAAUAGGCCUUGGCUUGAAUACCAAGGGCGUAGCAAGGCGAGAGAGGAUGCAGAGCGAUUUAGCUCAGCGCAGUUCCAACUAUUUCCUUCAAGUCCAGCAACAACUCUUCAAGAGGAUGAACCCCAGCAGAGCAGUACCCAAAAAUGCAGCCGAGCUCAGUCAAGCUGGAGCCUCUAUGACUGCUUAUUUGGAACGGUAUGGGGGCUUCAGACAGAACCGAGAUGCAGGGUUGAUCAUGUGGAUCCUAGCUCAUGCCAUGGAUUCGGCAUCCCAAGACGAUUUCCAUGGGACCAAGGAGUAUUUGGCUUUGUUGGUGGCAGCUCUCGAACAGAGCACGCUGGAUGGGGGAUGGGGCGUAGCUUACGUCUUGUCUCUGAUGGAGGAGCCGCCUCAACAGCUCUUCAUGGAGCGCAUGACCCCGGUCUCGGCGACAGGGAGGCCGUUCUCUCCUCUAGUCCCCCCCAGCUGGGCGGCCGUGGCACUGAGCUACUUGAAGGAGUUAGAGGUCCUCUCAACACGCAAGACCGAGAUGAGGUCGACCUCGGUCCCAGCUCCAAAAGCCUCGCCUCAGCCCAGCGAUCCCAGCCAGACUGCGAGUCCAAAACGAAAGCCGAGGUUUCCCAAGAAACCCCAAGCUGCUGCGGAAUCCAUUUGCUUGCUUCGGGGCCCGCUUGAGCGGCCUGCCUCGACACUGACCUUUUUCCCUGUGCCUGUCUUUGACCGAGACCAAUUUCGCAGGAAGCCUUCAGGUUUGUCAUCCCUCAAGAGGCGCAACUGUCACCUACAUCGAGCCAUCCACGUCAUUUGUAUGGCGCUGAAUUUUUGGUUUUUUGGGGGUCGAUGGGUUGCUGAUGAUGAACUGAAGAGGGAGCCCAACGCCGAGCACAUCAACUUGUAUGCAAGGCUUGCUUCUUUGAUUAGGUCAGACGGCCUGGCUGAAUCAUUCAAUUUGGCGAAGUCGGGUCGAAAACACCAUGAAUUACUUGCACGACUUUCUGAACUUAGCAAUUUGCUGACUGUUCAGGGUGGAGCCUCAUGUGGUUAUGAGAAGGGUUUUGCUGGAGUUGAUGUCCCUAAGGACAAUUCCGCAGCGCCUGAGUUGACCCCAUUUGUUGAUUUGGAUGCUUCCCGGCUGAGAAUCUAUGGUGGCGGCCAUUGGGAUGUUACAAGCCACUUGCAUGAUGAACUUGUGCUUGCAUACCGGGAGCCCAGGAGCCUUCUUGCUGAUCUGCCUCUGGGCGACCACCCCAAAUGUCGCGACUCGCAGGAGGAAGUAGCCAAACUUGCUCAUCUUUGGGAUCAAGCAGGAUUACUCAGGUUGUCUCGCUGCCAACGUCCUCUGGGAUCUUUGGUAAAGGUCUUCAAUUGUUACAAGAAUGCGGAGAUGGAUCGCCAAAUAGGCGACAGGAGAGGGCAGAACUCUUUGGAGUGUAGAAUUGCAGGCCCCAGCAGAGAGCUUCCCGCGGGUCCUGACAUGAUGGAUCUACAAGUUGAUGUGAACAGUCAGAAAGUUGUGGUGAUCAUUACCGACCGCAAAGACUACUACCAUCAACUUUGGGUUUCUCCUGCACGGGCAUCAACCAAUGCCGUUGGUCCUUCAAUACAUGCUGAUUUGGUAAAAGACACUGGAGCUUAUUCGGCUUUCUGUUUGCAAUCCUCUAUGCAGAAGAAGCUUGGACGCGAAAGGAAUGGUGAUGCUCUCCACAACUUCACUCUCCACCCUGGGGAGUCUCCAGAGGCUGAAUUUUUACCUCAGGAUCAUGUCUGGACUUGCUUUGGUUCAGUUUUGCAAGGAGAUCAUGCGGGGGUCGAAAUUGCAACUUCUGCUCAUGAACACUGGCUUAGAAAAUAUGGUCUGCUAGAUGAAACUAGCAGACUGGUUGCGUCUCGCUGCUUGAGGUCUGAUAAUCUCUUGCAAGGUCUGGUGAUUGAUGACUACUUUGCUGCAAGUGUGGAAGACAGGAAAACAGACAAUUCUGCAAGUAGAGCCGCAGCAUGUUACAAUACAAGCCAGUUUGCAUAUGAGGCGGCAGACCUUCUGGGAUCUCCAGCAAAAGACGUUGUGGGUGAAAACGAGGGCAAGCUUGUGGGGGCUUACAUCAAUUCUAGUGAAAGAGCUCUAAAUAGAAAACUCUGCACUGUUGGAGCUCCCGCUGCUAAGCGAAUUGCCCUGUCCUUCAUUACAUUGGCACUAUGCAGCUUGGGUUGCACAACGGAUGUUUUACAUCUUUGCCUUGUUGGAGGUUGGGUUUCUAUCCUUGCUUUUCGCAGACCUAUGAUGUCAAUAUUAGCCAACUGCUAUCACCUAGUUGACCAGAAUACGGUUGAUGCAAAUUCUCCUAAGUUGGUGAACCUGCCGAGAUGCGUGGCAAAUGAACUGGUCAUUUUAGCAUGCCUUGUCCCCUUGGCCAUCUCAGACCUGGGUGCCGAAUAUUUUCCUGCGUUGUUUGCAACUGAUGCAUCCUCUUUCAAGGGGGCGAUAUGUUGGGCCCCGCAGGAGCCUAGGGUUCUUCGGACCAUUUGGAAGAGCUGUCGUUCCAAGGGAAGCUAUACCAGGCUGCUUUCUCCAGCUGAGCAGGUUCUGCGAAACAACGGGCUUUUUGAUGAGGAGAAGUUGCAAGGAAGGAGGAUUUUAGGGCCUGACCGCCCUCUUGCCUAUGAGUUUGACUUCAUUGAGGUUUUUUCUGGUGCAAGUUUGGUGACAGCGGCCAUUGCUGCAAAAGGGUGGAGUGUUGGACCACCCUUGGACAUUGGCAUCUCACGAGAGUAUGAUCUUUCAUCGGUCUAUAUUUGUGAGUGGCUCACCUUCCUCCUUGCUGAAAAGAGACUCAAAGGCGUGAUGGUUUCCCCUCCCUGUACAACUUUCUCUAUUAUGAGGCGUCCUAGGUUGCGCAGUCCUUUGAAGCCUUUUGGUUUUGACACUACGGAUGAGCAAACCUUGAUGGGCAACACCUUGGGGCAAAGAGGAGCUCAAAUCAUGUACACAGCCGCUGCAAAUGAUGCUGCAGGUAUUAUGGAAACAACUUACAGCUCAUACCUCAAAUAUUUGCCGGGGUGGCUCAUUGUAAAAUCGCUUCCAAUGGCUGAGGAGGUCCGCUGUGAUUCUUGCGCUUUUGGCUCUGAGCACUUGAAACCCUUCCGUUUCCUGGGGGUCAAUGUUUCCCUGGUUCGGCUGGCGCAAAGGUGUAGCUGUAGUUGCAACCAUGUGCGAAUACAAGGUGUGCUUACAAAGGCUUCAGCUACUUAUGUACCCAAGCUGGUAGAAGCCAUUGCAGAUUGUUUGCACUCUGCAAUGCUGGAGGUUCACAGGAGGAGAGCGGAAGCUCUUGAUGUUGACAUUUCGGGUCUGGAAAACCAAUUGGUCAAUGAAGCUGCUCUGGCAUCCAAGUGGGAAGUCUUGAAAUCGUGGACCUUCAGAAAACAGAGCCAUAUAAAUAUCCUGGAAGAGGCUGCUGUUCUUCGCCUGGUUAAUUUUUUGGCUACAUAUCGACGUCCUUUGAGGGCCUCGGCGUUGGUUGAUAGCUUUGUAGUUCGAGGCGCUACCUCCAAAGGCCGCUCAUCAUCACGGGGGUUGUCAACUAUACUGCGAAGGGUAGGAGCAACUUGUGUUGCAGCGGCUUUGUAUUUGACUUUGCCAUAUGUCCCUACGCGUUUGAACCCAGCAGACGACCCUACACGUGACGCAGUUUUGAGACCUUCGUAUGGGAGUUUGGAUGUUGAAAGCUGGGAUGAUUUGGAUUUGUUUCUUUUGUCCGAGCUGCCAAAAACCAAACGCUGGGCCUCUCUAUGGAUGAGGAUGGUUUUACGUCUUAUAGGACCCACUUGUUUGCAUUUUUCAGAUAGAUCUGUCUUUAGACAAACAACCUUGACACGUAGUGAAGCCAAAGAUCAUGAGUUUGAGCAAAAAGGCUUUGAUAGCUCGCUUGGCUUUCCGGGCGAAGGCCCUGCUUUGACCAUUCGGCCUCAAAUAGUUGGACCCCUUUCCAGGUUCUGCAUUCUUUCAUGUGGAUUUCCAUCAUUUCUUGGACUUGCCCUUUGGACUCUCCUUCGCGCUCUUUUCUUCGUCCCGGCCACCUGGAUUGCUGCUAUGUUGAGGGGGGUGCUUUGCCUUUUCUCGGCUUGUCCUAGGGGGCUGUGGAUUUCUGUGGGUCUGCUUGCUUGUGCUCCGGCCGCGCAUGCCAUGCCGAUGUUUCCUCGAACUGCAGGUGAGCGAUCGAAAGCAGCUAUGAGGCAGAAUAGACCUCCUGUGCCAUCAGGGCGGCCUGUUCUACCUAUCACCAUGCAGCGUCGGAAGCAGCUGUUAGAUGAGUUUUUCAUCUGGGCAACAGAACAGGGUCUGGACAUAGCCGCGAUGUUCGAGGACCACCAGAGGCACAUUGACGAUCUUAAUCUGGUUUUGGUGAAGUUUGGUCGUGCUUUGUACGAGCACGGCAAGUCCUAUGGGAAAUAUGCUGAAACGCUAAACGCCAUUACCUCGUGGAAGCCGGCAAUAAGACGUAUGUUGCAAGGGGCAUGGGAUUUUGGUUUUGCCUGGAACAGGCAUGAGCCUAGUUUGCACCAUGCAGCAAUGCCUGGCCCCGUAGCCCUAGCAAUCCUGACAACAAGUAUGCUGUGGGGAUGGACGCGUUUUGCUGGAGUUUUUGCUCUCAUGUGGGCAGGCCUACUUAGGCCAGGAGAACUGCUAUCUGCCAACAGGUCAGAUCUCUUACUACCCAGCGACGGUGACAAAACACUUCCUUUUGGGCUUUUGGCGAUACGUGACCCAAAAACUAGGUUUUCCAAUGCGCGUCAUCAGAGCGCUAAACUGGAUAUGGCAGACAUGCUGAAGAUCAUCGAGCUGUUCCUGUCUCCCCUACAAAGUCACCAGAGGCUAUGGCCUUACUCUGGAAGCACUCUGAGGAGCAGGUUUCAUGCUAUCCUACGAGCACUACAGCUUCCGCUGAAUGCAGUCAACGGAGUUAGACCCCUUGAACUUGCAUCGGUACGUGCAGGAGCGGCUACGUGGGUCAUGCAGACAACAGAGAGUGGCGAUUUGCUACAAAGAAGGGGCCGUUGGGCCAACCGUCGCAUGAUGGAUAUCUACGUACAAGAAGUAACUGCAUUGGUGUACUUGAAACGAGUUCCUGAACAAACAAAGAAUCAUGUUCUGAUGGUGGCGGACUCCUUUGUACAAGUGCUUACCAAGGCAGAGCUUUUUACACAAGCUCGUAUCCCUCCGAGCUCUUGGUUUGUGUUAUUUCGUGAGUAA